AGAUAACAUAAGAGGUAAUGAAGACUAUAUUUAAUUAAAGCAUAACAUGGCUGUGACGCCCAUAUAAUAGAGUUUGUACUUGACAUAUUUACAUUAUACUAAUUCCGGUUAACAGAUAAGUCACCGGAAACUGACCACGCCAAACGAAUUUCAUCAGUGAAUAUAAAACGCGAUAAUAGCAAUACACAUAUUUCACAACAAUGAAGUAAUUGUGGUACAUUUACAAAGUAAUAUAAUAAAAAUUGACAUUUCAAUGGUUUCCUUAAUAAACAAUUAAUAUUAAUAGAAAAAGAGAAUGUUUGCAAUUGUGUGUUGAAGUAAGGUGGUGUGUGGGUGCCAAGAGGUUUGGAGAGUGAGUCGAGCGUGCGCGGUACAUCACUAGAUUACGUGGCAGCUGUGCUGCUAGGCGCGAUGGCGGCGGUGCUACUGGCAGCUGUUGGAUAUCAUUGCGCGGCUACUUGGAGAUGGCUGAUGGGAAGAUGUUUCCGCAGGUCGCGGCGUGAGUCGCAGGAUAGUAACUGCGACUCGCAGUCGCGGCAAGCGGCGAUACGUAUCAGCCACUCGUUGCCGGACUUGCAGACAGAACCUCUGAAGCAGGAGUAUGUACAAGAGCACAAGGACGCCGGGAAAAAGGUGCUCCGUCAGACCACGCUGCCCAUCGUCCCCACUCGCCACCAGACCUUCCAGCGUCAGCUCUCCCACCGCCUGGACUUGCCUUCCAUACAGUUCAGCAUCUGCAGCUUGGAGCGCGCCGAUUCGUCUAUUGGAUUGAUAAAGCCGGAGCUGUACAAGAACGAGCUAGUGCGGCAGUCGUCGACUGACAGCGGCGAGCUGGAGUUCUGCGGCAAGCUGCACUUCGCUCUCAAAUAUGAUCAGGAAGUUGAGGCACUUGUGGUGAAGAUAUUCGAGGCACGCGACCUGCCGAUCAAGGAUGUAUUGGGAAGCAGCGAUCCCUACAUCAAGGUUUUCCUGCUCCCCGACCGCAAGAAGAAAUUCCAGACCAAAGUACACCGCAAGAAUCUCAACCCGGUCUUCAAUGAAACUUUCUUGUUCAGCGUACCAUACGAGGAGUUACGGCAGCGUUAUCUCCAGUUCUCGGUGUAUGACUUCGAUCGCUUCAGCCGACACGAUCUGAUCGGCCACGUGGUGCUCAAAGGUCUGCUGGAGUCCGCUGACCUCACGCAAGAGAUUGAGUAUACGAUGAACAUACUUGCCGCACCUCAGGAGAAGAAAGAUUUAGGCGAGUUGAUGCUAUCCCUGUGCUACUUGCCUACUGCGGGACGACUCACCGUUACUGUGAUCAAAGGAAGAAACCUUAAAGCUAUGGAUAUAAACGGGUCAUCAGAUCCGUAUGUGAAAAUUUGCCUGAUAUGUCAAGGCAAACGAAUUAAAAAGAAGAAAACAACUGUUAAAAAGAAUACCCUCAGCCCAGUAUACAAUGAGGCUCUGGUCUUCGACUUGCCGUACGAAAAUGUAUAUGACGUCACACUGCUCGUCAAAGUUAUUGAUUACGAUAGGAUCGGUCCAAACGAGUUAAUCGGUUGCACGGCAAUCGGAUCCUCAUUGAUCGGCAUCGGUCGCGAUCACUGGCUUGAGAUGCUGGACAACUCUCGCAAGCCAGUCGCGCAGUGGUACCCGCUCAAUAAGAGCCUGCCGACGAACAUCGCUCUGCCCUCAAACGACCAACAGAACGCGGGAUUGAGUUGCUUAAAUGUGAGAUGAAGAGAUAAAGAAUAAAUAAGGCGAGAAUAUCACAACUAUGGAAAGACUUCGGAACAAUUGACUUGAUUAUUCAAUUUACCAAACAAGGUAAUCUCGCGAUGCCAAAAAUUGUAACCGUAGGGGAUUCGAUUAGAAUGAUAAACGGUUGUAUGUCCAUUUAUAGUAGGAAAAGGUUACCUUCGGAUAAGUGAUAUUGGAAUGUAGAGAUAGAAUAUAGAACAGAUGUAGAUAUUGUUGAAGUAGAUGAUGAAUUUAUCCUUAGAUUUAUAAUAAUUUAUCCAGAUUAGAUAUUAUAUCCCUGGUGUAUUCUUUUAAAUUAGAUGUUUAAUUGUAGAUGCCAGUUUUACGCCCUCACCUUAGACUUUUGAAGUGUAUUAUUUCCUGCGGAAAUUUACUUUUUAUCCAUAUUUUUACGUGUAUUAUUAUUAACUAUUUACUGUUAUCUGCAUACGCACAUUUCAAAUUCAAGACUUGAACAAUGUUAAUUGAAACUUGGUAAAGUUUAAUGUAGAUUUGUUGUUUAAGAAUUGUAAUAUUUCCAUUAAUGUGUUUAUGGAUUUACGAUAGAAAGGUUUCAUUGUAAACUCGCGAUGUACAGUAAAGUGGUUAAUAUAUCGUAUUGUUGAAACGGCGAAUGUUUAAAACAUUCAUUUAGUGUUGGACAAUAACGUAGUUGGUUUUGCAAGUUUUACUAACAAUUGUUUCUUUUUAUUAAAUGUUGCACAAUAUACUAUGUGUAUAACUGUUUUUAUAAGAGAAAAAGCUUUAAAUCGUGUUAAAAUAAAAUAAUAUACCUAUCUAUGUAUUGUAUUAAAAUGAAAUUUUCUCAAUAGAUGUUAGAAACUGGUAUCAAAACUCUUAGCUAGGUUUUUGAUAUAGUCGGAAUGUAAAACAUGGUCUUUGCUUGAUUACCUAUAUAAAAUAUGAUAUGUCUAUAAUUCUUAAUUGCAAUUAUCAGAAAUAUUAAAGUUCUAAUCAUUAUAAUAACUU